CCAAGUAGGUUGCGACUUGCGAGUUGCGAGUUGCGACCGAGUCCGAAAAAGACAGGGGAGCAAAGAAUAGUAUAGUACUACGGCAGGGGAGCGUGAGAGAGCGGCUUCAGUGAUGUGUAUAGAAUUUUAGAAAAUUUUAUAAGAUAUACUUACUUAUUAAGCAUAGGGAUAGUCUGCAAUAUACACAAAAGUGUUUGUUUAACGAGUGUUUUAUAAAAGUAUUUAAACGCAAAUUUCUGUAUUGACUUAUCCUAUGAGGAGUUCAUAGGCCUUCGAAUACUGUUUGUGUUGGACCGCUAUAUAAAAGGUGUGUUUGGUAGAUAAAAGAAAAUAUCUGUACAUAAUAGAAAUACGUUUUAUCACAAGUGAAAAGUGUAGUAUUGUGAUAAAUUUUUAUUGUUAUGUGGUUUAAACUAGCAUUGAUGUGGCAAACCGGAUUGCACCAAGGUGGAGAAAACGUGACGCUGUUAUAAGAUGGCAGGACUAGCGCGGCGGAGCAGCGGCCGCGCGGCGUCGGGUGACACGAGUUGCGCGACGCUUAUGCCUUGCGACACGCGAGCAUUUGUUAUUUUGGAUUGAAGCGGCCGUACCCGGCUAGCAUGGAGGACUGCAAGAAACGUGUACACGGCACAAAAGUUUCAAAAAUAGCAAAUAUAUUCCAAGGAAUGCCGUCAAAAGACGACGAAGAUAUGCGUGGAAGUGAUGUGUCGGUUGUUAGAACUGAAAGUCAUUUGGCUAGGUUCAACAACGCCCGAGCGUUGUUUGAAAAAUUAGGAGAAGAAAAUCGCGGUUUUCGUAUUGAGAAGUCCCCGUCCGCAGCUGCAAGUUUUGCUGGAACGCGCGGUGUUUCACCCGGAGUACCUUCUCGGUCAAGAUCAAGUUCCGCAGGUUCUGUAAGUCCACCUAGGUGUAGUGUUACACCGACUGCAGCAUAUCCGCCAGCAAUUAAUGGAGACAAAUUGUCCAAUGGUGCUUCACAACCGCCACCUAAGCCAGCUAAACCUAGUGUACUUCCAAAACCAGAAAAACCUGAUAGACGCUUUAAUAAGGAACUCAUCGAAAAACAAAGGAAUUGGACAUCUCAUUUUAAUAAAUCUAGACCUCGAAACGAAAUUGAACAAAAAGUAGAAAAUAAAUACAUAGCACAGGAUAGAAAGUCUCCAGAAGCUACGGAUAGAUAUGUUGUACCAUCGCGGGUAUACUCUCCACCUCUCUCACCGGGUGCUGGAGACACGCACUUGGAACGUCCUUCAACUCUGCCUUCUGCUUUAGUCAAUCGAAGUGUACAUGUUGCGAAAUCACCUAGUCCUGUAAAAAAUGUCGCACCUGUAUUACCUUCCCCUAGAUCCAAUAAUGGUAUAUCUCCCACCGUUAGGUCUGAAUCUUCACCCAUCGUUAAAGGUGAAAUUUAUUCAACAGUGAUGACACGAACGGAAACAAGAACGUCUGUAUCGCCGGAUGUUCAAGAUGUACAAGAUAAAGAAAUUAAACCAUUACCUCGUACUGAUAUGUAUUCGCACUCGCCAAAAAUUGUGGAACGUGUAUCUACAAUUACAACGUCAACUACAGUAGUGGGCGAAGGCAGUGUUUCUCCUGUCAAAUUUCACAAAAUCUUACCUUCUCCACCUGUACGAAUGCCAAGGUCUCCACCCCCACCAAUACCAGAGGACAAAAGUUUGCAUACCGACAGUAUAUCCCCUGUCACCUCUUUAACUGAGGAGUCUUCACCUCCUUUGGAGACAGACGCCGAUACCAAUGACAAUAAACAGGUCUCAAAUGACAGAUUGCCAUUGAGUCCUCCGAUACCAUCUCCCCAAGAAGUGACAGAGGAAAUUGAACUUGCACCUUCUGUGCCACAGCGGCCCGAUGUGUGUGAUGUUGUUCCAAGAUCUCCGACGGAGCUUGAAGAGGAAAAGUAUGAAAGGACAAACUAUAGUUCGGAUUGGGAGGAAAAGGAUAAGCGUCGAUCCUCAACACCGGAGUCCCCGGUGAACAUCAUUGACGAAGUUCAUCGAUCACCGUUAACUUCGCCUUUAGCAUCUCCAGUGCACAGUCUGCCGCCUUCAGCCUCUCCAACUCCAGUUUCACCAUCACAAAUAGGCGGCGGUCGGAAAUCAUCAGAGGCAGAUGAGGUCACGGGCCGAACACGUUCGCGCACGUCCAGUGUCUCGGACGAGGGCGGCUUCAAUGAGCCGUCCCCAGAGGUGGUGGCCAGGCUGCGACCCGCCGAGUACCGGGAGCCGCCGCCGCCCCUCACCCGCGAUAUACGCGAUGCGGAGCGCGCACGAUCCGAUCCGGAUACUUUGUCGGUUUUACAGCAGGAUUCGGGUGUCGUUGUAAGCGAAGCGAGUCAAGGCUCCAUAGAGGUGCUCGACAAAUCGACCACCAGCCAAUGGAGCGUGUCCGAGGAGCACCCGGCGGAGGGCGCGCGCGGCAGCGACGCGGCCGACUACGACGACGCGGACGCCAAGCAGCCGGACAGCAUGACGCCGGACGAGGCCGAGAUACUUCUCAGCUCCAGUAUUCUGGAGAAAAAACUUAGGCAAGAAGCUCUGCUGUCGGACGAGCAGGCGCAAGAGAUAGUGGCGAUGCUGUCGCCGCACGCGUUGCCGCACGACAACGGCGUCUCGCUCAACGAUAGCUACCAGUCUGUGCUCUCAUACGAGAGCAUGCAGUCAGUGGACGAGAGCUACGAGUUCGUGUCGCUGGAGGCGGACGCGGGCGCGGGCGGGGACCGCGCGCGCGACGCGGCGCCGGCGCGCGGCCCGCCGCCCGCCGCGCGCGCGCCCGAGCCGGACGGCGUGUUCGAGUCGUACCCGCCGCGCGCGCUGCGCGAGCUCGCCGAGGAGAACGGCAUACAUUACUUCGAGGAUGGACACUUUUAUACGGAAGUUGCGGGUCUUCCUCCUAUAGAAGAGGAUGAUGAUGAUGAUUAUUACCCACCAGUAUUUGUUAAGAAAAGUAGUAAAGUUAAAUUCAGUACGGAGCCGAUGCGUGUGUUCUCGACGCACUCGGUGCGCGAGUACGACCGGCGCAACGAGGACGUGGACCCGGUGGCCGCGUCCGCCGAGUACGAGCUGGAGAAGCGCGUCGAGAAGAUGCACGUCUUCCCCGUCGACCUGGUCAAGGGCGCCGAUGGGCUCGGCCUGUCUAUCAUUGGAAUGGGUGUUGGCGCCGACGCGGGCUUAGAGAAAUUGGGCAUAUUUGUUAAGACGAUCACUGAGAGCGGAGCCGCCGCGCGAGACGGACGCAUACAAGUUAACGAUCAGAUCAUUGAGGUCGAUGGGAAGAGUUUAGUUGGUGUAACACAAGCUUACGCGGCGUCAGUGCUGAGGAACACAUCUGGUCCGGUUAAAUUUCUUAUAGGCAGAGAAAAAGAUCCUGAGAACAGUGAAGUAGCGCAUCUUAUACGACAGUCGUUGGCCGCUGAUAAAGAAAGAGAAGAAAGAGCAUCUCGAGAACGUCAGCGGCGACAACAGGUAGAGGAGGAGGACUCACAGCAGGCGGCCGCUGAGUCGGCUGCCACCGUGCGACAUCCGGAUAUCUUGCAGCUAAAGGCGCUAGUCAAUGAGCUGGUGGGCAUGGAGGCGGGCGGCGGCAGCGGCGCGGAGAUCACGGCGCGCAUGCGCGAGUGGUGGGCGCAGCGCGCGCCGCCCGACGACGCGCUGCGGGACUCGCUGGCGCGCGCCACGCACGCGGCGCGGCGCGCUACGGACAAGUACGAGAAGGCGCGUCGCGCGCUGCGCGAGUGGCGGCGCACGCGCUCGAUGGUGCGCGCGCGCGAGGAGUGGUGGAGCGGCACGCUGCGCGAGGCGCACCGCGAGUACGCGGCCGCGCUCUCCGCGCUGCACGAGCGCGUCGCGCGCCUCGAGGUGCUCCUGCUGGAGACGCAGAAAAAGGCAGGUCUCCCCGUGAUGCUGCCGCACGAGCCAUCAGCGCGACGAGAAACACCGCCGCUCCCCAGGAAGCCAGAUCCAGAUCCACUGCUUAUUAACGAUCCAUGGAGUUCAGAUAGCGAUCUAUCUGAUUUAUCACCUAUAGAGGAUGAGUACGCGAAAGUGGAUAAAUCAGAAAAAAGGCAACGUGAGCCGCCAGAUCUCGGCGAUGUGACCGUGACUACAGCGAGUGAGGUGAAGCCGGUGAGCGCGCCCGUGACGUCAGCCCCGGUGACGUCACCGCCCGCCGCUGUGACGUCACACGCGCCCGCUAGUAGCGCGCCGAACAAUGGCGCACUCACGGACACCAUGAGCAGCGGCGGGGGCGGCGGGGGCGGCGGGGGCGGCGGCGUGUGCUCGGAAGGCGGGCAGGUGGGCGCGGGCGGGCUGUCGCGCGAGCUGGACGCGGCGGUGCCGCGCUCGUCGCUGCUGGACACGUCGGCGCACCGCGCGCGCACCGACCUGGCGCGCCACCGCCACCACGCGCCGCACUCGCACGCCUCGCACUCGCCGCACUCGCCGCACUCGCUCAGCAACGCCAGCUCGUACGAUGGGCUGGAUGACUCCUAUAAUGAUUCGGCAGAUGAAUCUUUAAGCGAAUCGACGUCUGGUGCACCGCCGCACGCCUCUCAAAUAUCACGCGAAACACGACAGAGUUGCGGCAGUUCAGUUGGCUCUGUGGCGGACGACGCUCUGUAUUCGCGGGAUCCAAGACACCAUCAGCUAUCUGAACCGUUAGGACCAGCUGCGUCACUCGCAGAGCAACUCAAGCAAGUGUUGGCGGAGCGCGAGCGGCGGUUGGCGGGCUCGUCGCCUAACCCGCCGCAUGCGACACACGCGUCACACGCGUCACACGCGUCACACGCGUCACAACCGUCACAAGCGUCACACGCGUCACACGUGCCCCACACGGCGCCGCACUCGGCUCACCCGGACCCGGUGCAGCUCACCAACGAGCUGGUGGAUGAGAUACGACAGGCCGUCAGCGAGGCGAACGCAAGAGUGAAGAAAGCUCCGACUUGUGUAGUGGACGGCGAGGUGCCGUGGGAGCCGCUCUCGGCCGCCGCCAGCGAGGCGAGCCUCUCGCCGCAGCCGCACAGCCGCGCCGUCACGCUGUGGACUAAGCAGCAGGUGUGGCAGUGGGUGUCGGGGCUGGGCGAGGGGCUGGAGCGGCACGCGGGCGCGUUCGCGUGUAUUGUCGUGUGA